AUGGUGAAUACCAAAUUCUUACAGAAUAUUUUGUGGAGAAAUAUAAAUUCUUUUCAAAAUUCUGGUUAUCGAAAUUUUAUUUACUUAAAUUUUAAUAGAGAAUACCUAUUUUCAACUAUGUCUAGUAAAGGUCAGCCAGAAUGGCACGUUCCAGAGAAUAAGUUGCCAUUACCUACUCUUAAACUUUAUAAUUCACUUACAAGAAGCAAGGUUGAUUUUGUUCCGAAAAAUGGAAAACAAAUAACUUGGUACAAUUGUGGACCAACAGUUUAUGAUUCUUCACAUAUCGGUCAUGCAAGACUAUAUGUAACAAUAGAUAUUCUUCGACGUAUACUUACGGAUUAUUUUAAUUAUGAUAUUUUAUUUGUAAUGAACAUUACUGAUAUCGAUGAUAAGAUCAUACUUCGCGCUCGUCAAAAUUACCUUUUCAAUAACUUCAAAUCAGUAACAAAUUCUCUUAGUCAAGAAUUAAUAGAUCAAGUUAAAGCCGCAUUAAACGAUUUUGCUCAAACCAAGCUUGGUGUCGCAAAUAAUGGACCAGCGCUUAAUUUAGCUCCUUCCAAAGAGGAUCCAAAAUAUCUUUUAUAUGCAAAUACUUUAAGAGAAACAGUACAAACUGUUGCGUCUGCUGAAUGCUCAUUAGAGGACAAUGAUUUAAGCCAAGAGGCAGCACAUCAACUGUUGGUCGGGUCUAAAGAUGUUGUUCAAUCAUGGUUAGAUAAGGAGAAAGGACAUACAGUGACAGAUCAGAAAGUUUUUCGCGACUUGGCCGCUUAUUGGGAGAAGGAUUUCAUGAAAGAUAUGGAAUUAUUAAAUGUCCGACCAUGUGAUAUUUUGACUCGAGUUAGCGAAUAUGUUCCUGAAAUAGUAGAAUAUGUAAAAAGAAUAAUUGAAAAUGGUUAUGGUUAUGUAGUGGAUGGAUCUGUCUAUUUUGAUACAAAAGCAUUUGACGCUAAGGACGCGCAUAAUUAUGCCAAAUUGCAACCGUGGUCUGCUGGGAAUGAAGGUUUAAUUGAAGAAGGUGAAGGCAGUUUAGGAAGCAAAUUGUUAGGAAAGAAGAACAAGAGUGAUUUUGCUUUGUGGAAAAAAAGUAAACCUGGGGAACCAUCAUGGGAGUCUCCGUGGGGUCUGGGACGACCUGGUUGGCAUAUAGAGUGUUCUGCGAUGGCUAGUGAAAUUCUUGGAGAAAAUAUGGAUAUCCACUCUGGAGGAAUUGAUUUGGCCUUCCCGCAUCAUGAUAACGAGUUAGCCCAAUCUGAGGCCUAUCAUGGAUGUGCACAAUGGGUUAAUUAUUUUAUUCAUGUUGGACAUUUACAUGUUGAAGGUCAAAAAAUGAGCAAGUCGUUAAAGAAUUUCAUUACAAUUCGGCAAGCAUUAGAGAAGUAUACGCCUAGGCAAUUAAGAUUGUGCUUCCUUCUUCACCAAUGGGAUUCUAAACUUGAUUUUAAAGAGAGUAGUAUGGUUGAAGUCAAGAACGUUGAAUCUAUUUUAAAUAAUUUCUUUAUCAACACAAAAGCUCUUUUGAAUGAACAUAAACAUAACGCUUAUGAAUCAGAUGGAACACAUCGGUAUCGAAAUCCCGAAAAAGAAAUAAUAAGUCUCCUUCGUGAAAAACAAGUAGCAAUCCACACGGCCCUUUGUGAUUCAAUAAAUACACCAGCUGCUAUGUCUGAGUUAAUGGAGUUAAUUACCAACGCCAAUAUUUAUUUAUCUAAUGGAAGAAACAAUAUCAAUGUCUAUGUACUUGAAAAUGUUGCAAAAUAUGUUACAAAAAUGUUAAGAAUUUUCGGUGUUGUAGGAAAUUCCGCAUUGGAAGAAAUCGGCUUUGGAGUAUCAGAACAGCAAAAUGUUGGAAAUACGGAAGAUAUUGUCCUUCCAUAUUUAAGGAUUUUAUCGGGUUUUCGUGAUAAUGUUCGUGAUCUUGCUAGACAAGAAAGGGAUCACAGUGAAUUUUUGGUAUUAAGUGAUAAAUUAAGAGAUGUAGAUUUGGUAGAAUUAGGUGUAUCAUUGGACGACCAGGAAGAUGGCAAAGCUUUGGUAAAGCUAGUAGAUAAGAAUGAACUAAUUAAAGCGAGAGAAGCAAAACUUAGAGCUCAAGCAGAGAAGGCUGCUAGAAAAGAAGAAACUGCAAAAGCCAAAGAAGAAGAGAGACAAAAACGAUUGGAAAAGGGUAAAAUAGCUGCUGAGGACAUGUUCAAGGAUGUAAAAGACGAAGAGCAGAAAAAUGCCUAUUCCGCAUUUGAUGAACAGGGAAUUCCAACACUCGAUGGACAAGGACAAGAACUUCCUAAGAGUAGAAUUAAGAAAUUAAAGAAGGAAUGGGAAGCACAAAAGAAAUUACAUGCAGAAUAUUUAGUUUGGGUGGCUGACAAUAAAGAACCUACCAAUACUGAAUAAUAAAAUUUUACUUUUAUUUAACAAAAUCAUAAGCCAAUAAAAUAAUACAUCAAAUAAAUAAUGAAAUUUGUGAUUAAAUUUGCUUAUACGGAAUCACGUGAUAUUGGUUAAUCAUACACAGCCCGUGACACAAUGCUAAAAUAUAAAAUAUAAAUUAAAAAAUUACAAAGAAGAAAUUUUUUCGCUUCAAAUAUGGCAGCAGAAGCAAGAAAGGCUCUGG